AUGGUCGCCUCCCAGAUGUUCAUCGGCACUGCCGCCACCCUCAUCGCCUCCUCGACUGCCUUCGUCGCACCGAUGGCGGUGCGAUCUGUUGCCCCCGCUCCUUCUUCCUCGAGCCUCAAGAUGAGCGCCGGUUCGGACUACGUCGCGACUCUGCCCGGAGCUCCCUUCUCUGACGGAAAGAUCUUCGACCCCCUGGGCCUGUCCGACGGCGCCGCCCCCGGGGACAUCAAGAAGUGGCGCGAGGCCGAGAUCAAGCACGGGCGCGUGGCCAUGCUUGCGUCCCUUGGUGUCAUCGUCGCAGAGCAAUACCACCCUUUCUUCAUGGGCCCAGACUACAUUGGCCCCGCCGUGGACCACUUCCAGGAGAUCAGCGCGCAGUUCCCUGAGUUCUGGGCGUUCUCCCUCCUGGGCAUGGCCUUCAUCGAGUACAACACCAUCAUGACCGCCUUCGACACCCCCAGCGCUGUCACCGGCGAGGGCGGCCUGAAGGAGGACUACAUCCCGGGAGACCUCGGCUUCGACCCCCUCAACCUCAAGCCCGACGACGAGGCGGCUCUGGACGUGAUGAAGACCAAGGAGCUCAACAACGGCCGUUUGGCCAUGAUCGGCAUCGCCGGCAUGUUGGCGCAGGAGCUGGUCAAUCCGGCCGACAUCCUCGGCUAAAAAGUUCAAUUCGUCGGUUGGGGAAUAUGUUGGGACGUUUAUAUAUUUUUCGUUGAUGUAUUGGUGUGAUGGAUGAAGUGUUUCGGUGUGCUUCUGUCAGUAUGUGCGUGUGAUUGUCAUUGUUUUAUGCAUGCGUCUGGUCCGAGAGGAUGAAGUGUAAUUGGGAGAUGCUACCUACCGUAUUGUUACGGCUUUGUCUCGCGAUCUUAGAUGCUGAUGUGAUACGGAAGUUCCUUGAUGCUUACUUUUUCGACUGUAAUUUGGUUUUGUACCGUAGGAUUGGUGAGUGUCGAUUGGCCUUCGAUUGGUUACGUGCUUCUAUGCAUACCACCGAUGGAGAUGUCGGCGGAGGGAAGAAACUGUGUCACUCUGAGGGAAGAAACUGUGUCACUCUGGUCAUGGCCAAUGGCGAGAGAUUUUGCUUGAUGUUGUUUACCCGAGCCCAGUCCCGCUGAGUCUCACGAACAAAUUGUCUGUGUUCUACCUUUUCGCCUUUUGGCUCUUGGCUUUUUGUUGAAAAUCUCUUGACGAUGUUGGUGUGCUGUCGAAAGUAGAAAGCUCAAGCUGGUAAGAUUGAAAAGUGGUGGCAAGCCGUGAUACGCGCCGGAACGUCGUGUUCGCGAGUCUGACGUUUGUGGUCAAAAUUGAGUGUAAAGCACGUGCAUGUAUAUAGCCAAGCUUUCGUACAGGCUUGCCUCCUCUCGGUUCGAUCUUUGGUUUGUUGUACCUGACACGGAUGCUCCGCCUUGUAGCUUGCGUGCAGUGGCGUCGAAGGUGUGCGGCGUCGAGUUGUUGUGCGACGCGUGCGCUCUUGGUUCAAUUUUGUUGUGUGUAUGAGUAUCAUCAGAGGGAUGUUCAAUCCAAGUGAUGACUUUUUAUUGAUGUCGUGUUGUUGGUGAUGAAAAAAUGAACGAAAACAUCCCCGUCCUAGGUGACACC